AGAGCGGAGGACCAGUCCAGUUUAAGAAAAUUUUAAAAAAUGACUUUGGAAAGAUAAACCGGAGCAGGGAAUAUUUUGUAUUGUUUCACUUCCCACGUCCUGACAAUUAAUACUUGCUCUUGCAAUUCUCCUGGAAUAAGUUUACCCAGUGUUUGGAUAUACUGUGCGCUUUUCUGAAGACGGAGAAUGAUGCAGAGAAGCUCCGGGUGCUAAUGCGGGCAAUGUCCCCAGAAUGAGCACAGAGUAUAAGAAGCCAGCUCUAUCUCCAAAACCAAAGAUUCUGAGUCACCUGGCUUUUAAAUUGCCUUCUUCCCUGAUGUCAAGACCUCGUGCCUCUGCCAGGGGUCCCAAGCCUCCCGUUGCACCUAAACCCAAGGUGCUACAUGACCCAGGGGAGAAAUGUUGUCUGAAUGAUAAGGACAGUCUAAUCAGGUGCAGUAACGGAGACCUGAUACUCUCUGAGGAGGAGCUGGAUCAGGAGAAUGAGCCAGAAGGCUCCCUGGGAACAGGUGACAGGUAUGAGGAGGAGUGUGACAAUGAGGAGGAAUUGGAGGUGGAGCCUCACCCUGUCUCUGAACACGAGGAAGAACAGAAUGGGGCAGAUGAGGUGUUAAGUGACACUGUAAUGGAAGGUAAUGAUUGCAUGGACACUCCAGAAAUUAGCGACAUUGAGAACCUUUCUGAUUCAGCAAAUGAGAUUAUUCACAGAGAAUGUGCAGACGAUACACAUUCAGAGAGCUGUGAUGCUAGUAAUGUGUCUGAGGACACCAGCGGGCUUUCAGAGUUUAGCUUGACUUCAGAUGGGGAAGGAACAGACUCUCAACAGCAUCACGAGGAGAAACCAGAGGACCUGGGAGUGGAGAAAGAGAGCUCCCCUGAGGGUGCUGGCCCUGCUGAGGAAGCCACAGACCAGUUUGAUGCUGUGGAGAAACCACAUGGUGAAGAAAAUGAAGCAUCCUUUGCUAAGCUUGAUGAUGAGGACUCAGAAAGUAGGGUCUCAGAAGGGGAUCAUACAGUACAAGGAUCUACACCACUUUCAGUGGACGUGAACAGGAGUGAAUCUCCUUCCCCAUGUAAGGAGUGUCCUUAUGACAUGAUUGGUGCUCCGUGUGACAACUGUGAACCUUCAAAGGAUCUGAGAGAUGAGGAUAUUCCUGACUAUUCUAGUGAUGGGGAGCUCGUAAACACCACAGACUCAUUAGAAAAUUCCCACCUUGCAGAAGAAACUGCUCCCACCUUUCAGCCUUACUCUGUCAUUGACACAGAUCCUGUCACAAUUGUAGUAGAUGACAAGAACAUUGGAGCUAAGAUUGGACUUGACUGUGAUGCUAUCACAUCCAAACCGUGUUCCAAUUCACAGGAACUGCUAGUUACAAAUUCUGACACCAACCCUGAGCCAUACUAUGUAUCUUCUGAAGAUAUAGUUAAUAUUGAGGAGAACCAAGUUCAGCCCGAGGGUGCAGGUCACGAACCUCCAGAGUCAGAGCAUCCCCCAGAUGAAACAGCCCAGGUCAUGGAGAAUAAAGAGAGAUCUGACCACUACACAGAUAUUGAUGAUGAGUCUGUCUGUCAGGAUGCUGAGGACUUGCAGCAACUUGAAUGCAUUUCGUCUGAGGACUAUGUUGAGAUAGGCGACAGUGACGAGGAGGCCACAGAUAAGCGCCGGAAAAGAGUUGCAAAAAAAGGUGAACGUACAGGCAAAUGUCGCAAAGCUCUUCUCAACCAGUGCAGUCAGCCACGCUUUAGGCUGUGCUCAAUCACCGUACCAGCAGACAUGGACAUGGACAGGGCCUCUGAGCUCACCAAUAGACUAGUGUUUGCUGACACUUCUGACGUGUUCGGAGAUGAUAUGGACUUUGAAGGCCAUAUCGUGCCUUACAUGGAGGAUGUUGACACAGAGAGGGACAACAUUAGUGAUGAGCAUGUCUAUGAGGAGGCAGGACUUGACUCAGAGGGUGAGAACUUCCUCAACAUGGACAGAAAGAGUGUUGUCACACGAUCAAGGUCUCUCUCUGGAAAAGUACCCGGUUACGUACCUGAGACCGUUCCAGAGGAGACAGGAGGUGAGUACCAAACCCAUGACUACUAUACAGUGGCCUUAGACAAAAGUGGUCACCCACUGAGUGAUAGUGAGCAGUUAGAGGUCAACCGAAUGAUCCCAUCUUCAAAGGCACGACGCUUCAUUUUAUACCCUCGCUCCUAUUCUGUAGAGGGACGGGAAAUGCCAAUGUGUGUAUAUAGAGAGACUGAGCAUUCUCCGUGUGAGGAAGGCAGAAUGAAGAGAACAGAUGACAACCUCUCUCUGCCGUGUUUCAUUGGGUCCUCAGGCAGCUUUUCCCAAAGAAGCCAUCUGCCCUCCAGUGGUAUGUCCACCCCAACUUCAGUGGUGGAUAUCCCACCUCCUUUUGAGCUUGCAUCUAUUACCAAGAAGCCUAUCACCAAAAGCUCCCCAUCUCUGUUGAUUGAGAAUGACUCUUCUGACAAGCAGAAAAAGAAGAAGUCCUCCUUCAAGCGUUUUUUGACGCUGAAGUUUAGGAGAAAGACAGAGAACAAGGUCCAUGUGGAUGUUAACGUGUCCUCCUCACGGUCUUCUUCCGAGUCCAGCCACCAUGGGCCCUUGCGGGUCUUGGACAUGGACAGGAGGAGCACAGGCAGCUCCCCACAGCUCAAAGUUCGGUCUGGGAAGCCACAGCGUUUGUCUGACUCUCCAUCCACUUUCCUGUUUUACAAAGAUGGCAAGAGAAAAGGUGGGCCCAAGACCUUCAACAACAGGCGCAUAUCCCGAGUGGAAUCAUUUGAGGACCGUUCCCGGCCCCCCUUCAUGCCCCUCCCACUGACUAAACCCAGGUCCAUCUCCUUCCCAAAUGCGGACACAUCUGACUAUGAGAACAUUCCCGCCAUGAGCUCUGAUUAUGAGAACAUACAGAUCCAGCCCAGAGCACCCACAAGACCAGGGACUUUUGCAGAGUUCUUUGACGAUCCAAAUCGAGCGCUUGCCUCUGCCAAUGAAAACGAUGGCUAUGUGGACAUGAGCAGUUUUACUGGGUUCGAAAACAAGCCUCAACAAACUGACCAGGAACCUGAAAGUGCCUAUACGGAGCCCUACCGGGUGUGUGCUGUGUCUUCGGGGCCAUUAGAAGAGGCCGGAGGUGAGGAGGACCAGGGACGCACUUCUGAGGAGGAAGACGGAGGAACAGAGCACAGCUACGACAGACAGGUUGAUGGUCGAUCCAGAGCCUUCUACAUUGCCAAGGAACUGGUGGAUUCAGAGAAAGAGCAUGUAAAGGGGUUGAAGCUACUCCAGGAGGACUUCAGGCAGGCAGUGGAGGCAGCAGUCGGGGAGGAUGGGGAGCCUGUGCUUAAGGAAGAGCGACUCAAGGAGAUCCUGAACGAGCUGCCGGAGGUCUACCAGCUCCACUGCCACAUCCUCACAGAGCUGGAGAGAUGCAUGCGACAGUGGGAUGAAAGUCAGAGGAUCGCUGAUGUCAUCUUGUCACGACGGGCAGAGCUCUCCAUCUUCACCCCCUACAUGGCCCAGUAUGACCGGAGCGCCGCCCUGCUGGAGGAGAGCUGCCAGCACAGCCCUGCCUUUGCUGCCAUUGUCAGGCAGUUCGAGCAGCAGCAGAGUCCGGCCGGGAGGAGCGUCGCCCUGAAGCAGCAGCUGCUGCAGGUCAUCGUGAGAGUGCUGCAGUACCGCAUGCUGCUCACAGAUUACUUAAACAACCUCUCCCCGGACUCUGUGGAAUAUGAGGACACGCAAGCCGCUCUGGCGAUGGUCUCAGAAGUGGCUGACCAGGCCAAUGACAGCCUAAGAGACGGGGAGAACUUGUUGCGCCUGGUACAUAUAGAGUACAGCGUCAGAGGCCAGAGAGACUUGCUUCAGCCAGGAAGGGUGUUUGUGAAGGAGGGCACCCUGAUGAAAGUUUCCCGAAAGAGCAGACAGCCACGCCACUUGUUCCUGAUGAACGAUAUGAUGCUGUACACCUACCCCCAGCAGGACGGGAAAUACAGACUGAAAAACACUCUCUCACUCGCUGGAAUGAAGGUCAGCAAGCCCAUCAUAGAGAACGUGCAGAAUGCCCUGAGGAUCGAGGUGUCCGACAUCUCCAUCACGCUGUCAGCCGGCUCGUGCGGAGAGAGAGAUGACUGGUUCCACACUCUGAGCCGUACUGUGGCUGACCAUGCCAGGGGCCCAGGAGCCUUCAGCACUUCCAGCGGAGAGGCCCGAGAGAAGCUGUGGAUGUCCCUUGGGGAGACCGCGCCCACGCUGGUGCCUGUGUCCCAUGUGAUGAUGUGCAUGAACUGCACCUCAGACUUCUCCCUCACCCUGCGCCGCCACCACUGCCACGCCUGCGGGAAGAUUGUGUGUCGCGGCUGCUCCAGGAACAAGUACCCCCUGAAGUACCUCAAGGACAGGAUGGCCAAAGUGUGCGACCACUGCUAUGCGGAGUUAAAGAAGAGAGGGGGCGGUGUUGCCGGGGCGAGUGGUACUGACAGUCCGCGCUCCAACCGAUACAGCCGACCCCUCUCCGCCGUUUUCCAGAACAUCCACCCACCCAACCUGUGGAGGCACAGGAAGACCACCGUCCCCCUCAACCAGGUGACGAGUUCAGCGGAUAGCCCAGCUGUGAGCAGCAACCUGCAUCGCUGCAAGAGGAGCAAGAGGAACUGGAAGAAGCUGUGGUUCCUUCUUAAAGACAAGGUGCUCUACACCUCCUCAGCCCAUGAGGACAAGGUGGCAUCAGAGAGCUUGCCCUUGCUGGGCUUCACCGUAAAGCUGCCAGAGAGGCCAGAGGGAGAGGAUUCAGCAAAUGUCUUCCAGCUCUAUCACAAGAAAACCCUGUACUACACCUUCAGAGCAGAGGAUAACCACGCUGCACAGAGAUGGGUCAAUGCCAUAGAGGAGGCCACAGUCUUAUAGCAGCGGUCAUCUGGACAAGUGUGAGACUUUCAUUUCUGACAGUGAUGCUCUUCACCUCUGAUUCUCUGCGGGCCACUGCUCUGCUCUGCUGAGGCCGUCCUUUAACAUGCCUGAAUGUAAAAAAAAAAAAAGGAAUUAGAGAAGCUGUUUUAUUUGCUGUUGGAGACUGAGCAUGAUUGUACAGAAUAUAUGUGGCACAUUGGGAAUGGGAAGGUGCACCUAUUCUUAUGUGCCGAAGUCAUUGUUUGAAGGUUUUCAGCCUGGCAUUCUGUUUCCAAGUGGAUACCCUAACUGCCCACCGUCUGUGUCGGUAUCAGACUGAGAUACAUAUGACAUUAAAUGAGCAGUCAGAAGUCACUGGUAGCUGUUUUCACCCCUGGCCAAAUUGUACAGUGUUCCCAGACAGAUCCUAAAGCUGUUUCAUAAGGCAUGUUCACACAGUGUUAUUUUCUUUAAUAUCAUAAAGCUGCCACUCUCAUUCUGCCACUCAUUCUUUCAUUUAUUAACUAACUCAACAGGACAAGGUAGGGACGUUUUAUUUCUGAGAAAAUCCAGGAAUCAUCAAGCACCAUGAUAAUUGUGCCCCUAGGGUAACAUUUACAUAUCAGAAAAAAUAUUCCUCCAAAAAAUAUAUCCUUUAUGAAUGAUGGGGUUUUCAUGUAGAAUUUCAAAGGGCUGAAACCAAUCAGAGCAGGACAGAUAAAAAAUGCCCUCACUCUGUCAUUCAGCAAAUUUAGCCCAAGUAGAAUUCACCCAGGUUCAUACUAUAAUUUUUAACUGCAUAUGCAGGCAUGCUUAUUCAAGGCAACUUACAGUGCUUUCAGGUUGGCAUCACACACAUUCAGCAACUCUAUGUGUCUGCAUAUUCACUGGGGUAACUGUGGUGAAGAACAUUGCUUAAAGAUAAAAAUCCACAAUCCUCAGGUCCAGUGCUGUAACUACUGCUCCGCAUUCUGUGUCUUACUACUGUAACACAUACCACAUAGGCAGAUACCUGUUCUAAUUUUUGCCAAGAAUGUACGUGUGAAGGCAAUUAGGUAUAUGUGAGUGUAUGAGAUUACUAUGACUUGCAUUUAAAACACACCAAAAAAAAAAACAGUAUGGGCAGUUUGUAAACAGACUUGACAUUGGACCUCCCAUUUUGAUUAAUUAUGUUUGUGAAAA